AUGUUGCCAAUAAAUGAGGAGAUUGUUCAGGAAGAAAAAAAGGAUGAAUUUUAAUACAAAUAUUCUAUAGAACAAUGCAGAAUAGCAGAGAGAAUACUUGUUUAAUUGAUAGAAUAAUUUGAAGAGGUUAGAAGCAUAGAGUCUGCAAAGAUGAGAUUGUUAACAUUCGCAGAUCAUCCAGCAACAGAAAAUCCAUUCAAUGUUGUUUAAGGAGUCAAAUAUGCAUAUUGCGAUGAUGAAAUCAAUAACAAUGGAACCAAACAUUCCAAGUUAAUAUUGCGAAGUGAAAUACAGGCUUAGGGUGAAAGAAUCCUAAGCAAAAGUGAUCGCUACUUCUCAUUGAGAUAUCAAGAUUCAAUAUCUAUUUACAACGGUGAAGCUGAACUCUUUAAAGUCAUUGAUGUAGAUUUGAGACAAUUGGGACCCUAUCAGAAAAACAAGAAGAAAAUUGAUGUUCAAUCAGAAGAAACACCAAGUCACAUAUAUAAAAUAUUGGAAAACUAUAUUACUGGCGAAACUGAACAACUACCAUUAUAUGAUUAAGCAAUGCUUGAGAAGUUAGUUGCAAUGGAUUUCGAGGAAUCAGCUUGUAAAGAGGCUCUUAUUCAAACUAAUAACAAUUUCGAUAAAGCACUUGACAUUGUGAGCACCAGUGGAGAAUGGCAAUGCAGUAUUUGCACUUUGGUUAAUAAGGAGACCAAUCAAAAUUGUGAGGCUUGUAAUGCUCAAAAACCAGAUGAACAGAUAGAGUAAUUUGUUAUCAAAUAAUAAUUGUAAAUUCAAUAAGAUUUGGUUGAAGUCGAUGAGAAUGAAGAGAUCAGUUAGGAUUUAAAAGAUAAAAUUACAGAAAGUGCUAUUGAUUAUGUGACUGUUAUCCAUUGGAAUAGCAAUAACACCAUGUUCCCAGUUCUAGUUGCCAGUAUACAUAAUAAAAAUGUACUCUCUAUUAAAUUCAUAUCAUAUUCAUAAAAGUAUUUGGAUCAAUUUUUUAUCAAUGACGAUGGCUAUUAUUGUGUAUUAACAAAUUGCUGGAGUAAAAAUAAGGAUUACUCAUUAUUGUUGCAAUCAGAAACAAGUAGAUAAAUAGUUGAGACUCUGGCUCCUCUGUAUAGUAAACAUUGCAAAAGAUUGGAGAUGAUUAAGGCUGAUCACAAGGCAAUCUAAGCAGAAUUUGAUAUUAAGACCAUUGAGAGUGCCAUUUGGAAUAAUAGACUCUAUGUCUUCUUGAUUGGUGAUCAAGCUAUAAGCAUUUAUGAGAUCACUCAAAACUCCAAAAUUGAAUUUUAGAAGUAAAUAUUCAUUGGAGUCAAUUAUGAUCUAGUCAUUUCCAAAACUAAAUGCCUAAUUUAUAGUCAAUCAAAAAAUUUCAUCAUUGACUCUCAAUUGAAUGUCUCUGAAAUUUAAGAACCCAUUUCAAAUGCUUACAUUAAAGAUAAUAUCAUCUGGUAUGAGAGUAACACUCAACACAAGUAAAUUGAAGACAAUUCUGAAAUCCUAAAGAAUAACAUCAUUCAAAGUGAAGAAGUGCAGAUCUUCUAAACAGUUACGGAUGAUAUCCAUAUAUAGGGAAUUCAUAUAGGAGAUAAUUUCACUCACAUCCACAUUAAGGCUGUAUUUGAAGGACCCAUUGAGGAACCAAAACAAAUCCUAUUGAUGAAUAGUCCAUUGACUGUUAGUGAUCCUUAAAAAUUACCUUUAACUGUCCAUUCCUUUAAAGGAGCCUCCUUUAAUGAUUAAACAUUUGUUACUUAAAUGCUCUUUGAUAGUAAUAAACCCUUCUCUAGUAACUAUCCUAAGACCUAAUUUAUAUUCCGAAGCCAAUUUGAUGAGGCUAUGCUUGUGGAUCAUGUCAUAAUUAAAAGUGAGGUCACCAAUGUUUUCAGAGGAUUCCCCAUUGGAAUGGGAUUGAUCUUUAUAUCAAAAGAAGAACAUGAGUUGAAUGACACUUCAGAAUUUGAUAACUUUGACAAACAACAAUAUGAAAAGUGGAAAUCAACUCAUUAAAGUCUACAUGCAAAUGAACCAGUUGGAUACUUUGAAUUUGAAGCAGAAUCCAAAGAAGCAUUCUGUCAAUUGGAAGUUAUAAGACCAUGCAAAUAUAUCAUGCUUAAACCAACCAAUUUUAGAAAAACACCUCAUGAUCAUACAGCUCAUUUUUAGACUAACUCCAUUGAAAUCAAAGGGUUUGCUGCUUUCGGAAAAGAAAUACCUAAGACCUAAAGUGAGCAUUCAACUGUUGGAGCAAUCUAAGAAUGCCAAUUGUUAAACUAACUUAGGAAAAGAAUUGAUUUACCUGAGAAAUUGGCUGUUCAAUGUAAAUAUCAAGGAAUGAAUGGAUAUCCAAGUAAUGGUAUAAUUGAAUUUGACACUGUUUAUUCAGGAGACUUCACUAUUAAACCACAUGAUGAUUCACAAUAUAAAUUAUUAAAGGUGACUGUGACUGGUAAGAAAUACAACAAUUUAUAAAUCAAUCAAUUAGAUAGUCUAGUCGAAUAAGUAUACCAAAAAAAACCAGGUGCUUUGACUGUUCUUAAUUUAUUCAUGAAGAAAGAAUCCAAGAAAGUGUUAGAAGUUAUUAACCUAUCUAAAUUCAUCCUUGGAAAUGUGUUAUCCUAGGAUGUAAAUGAAUAAGUCACAGAAUUCUUCAGACAACUCCAACAACACGAUGAAUUUCAUGAUAUAUUGUUGUAGGUGGCUUAACAGAUAUUUAACAAGAUUGAAAAAGUAGUUUUAACAGAAAGUGGCUUAGAGUACUUUUUGGGAUUAAUAACAUAUACAGCCAAAUUUAAACCACAAGAAAUCAUAGAUAUUGCUAUGAAAUCUCUGUUGUUUGCAUUACAAAAGUUGAAAAGUAUGUAACAUAAAGACAUGUUCUUAUUUUCUACUAAAUAUGGAGGACCUCAAGGAUAAGUACAAAUCUAAGAAAUUGAUGAAAUCUCAGUUGAAUAAACUGGCAAUUAGAAAUCUUUAAUAUGCUAAAAAGACCCUCUGUCUUAGAUUCUAAUUAUGCAAUUGUCAAAUAAAUAAUAAAUUAGAAGAUUUGAAGUCAAUCUUCUUGGGGAAUUUGAGAUUGAGAAAUUGUCUUUAAGAUUUUAAUAGACAUCAAACUCAGUCAAAUUUAGAGUCUAAGUUUGGGUAGACAAUUUGGUGUUGGAUCAAGUUUAUGAUGAAUGGACCUUUGUACAAUUCACAGAUUAUGUUCAUAAAUGUGCCAAUUAUCAUAAUUACAAUUGUUUUCACAUUGGACUUAAUGGAGUUAGAGCACGUAAAUUAUUAGUGCAAUUAACUUUGGGAAGUGAUAAUUAUUAUUCCAAAUAAGCAGCUUAAUUGUAGAUUCCAUAGAAUUACUUGACUGUCAUUCCAGAAUUCUACGGGUCUCUUUUAAAUGCUGAAUUGUGUCCACUAGAUAUCACAGAAGAUUUUAGAUAUAAGACUACCUUAUCAAUAGGAGAAACCCUCUACUAUGUGUAUUAGUCAGAUAAAUCUAUACUCAUGGACUCAUACAAUGUUAUUAAAAAGACUGAUUUGACUGACCAUUACAUAGUGAUGUCAACUAAAUCAUUGAGGAGAAAUGCUGAUUAUUUAGAACAAGCAAUAUACAAAUUGUAAUCAGAAAUGCAAUUGAAGGAGAAGUGUAAAUUACAAACUAGUCAUCUUCAGAGUCUUAUUGAAUAAACUCAACUUGAAUUUUUGAAAGUAGCCCCCCCAAGAAACUACGAAAACAAUUCCAAUUUCUUGACAGUCUUCUCAUCUCUUUUAAUGAGAAUGCUGAUUGCCAUCUCUGGCAGAGUACCAGACGCAUUAGAAUUCAUCCAUCUCAUCAUAUCACUAGGAGAUUUGAAAGGAAUUACUGAUAUAGCUUUGUAAUUUAUUCAAAAGAAGGUUAAAAUGUAAAUACCUGAGGAACAAUGGAAUUAAUUGAUAAUAGAAUAAUUUACAAGUGAAAACAGUCUAAAGAAAAAGUUAUUGCAUUAGUUACCAAUACCCAUAUUGGAAUCACUGUAGAAACUAAUUGAAUUGAAUGAUGACAUUCUGUAUGAUGCACUAGUAACUCAACUUUAAAGAUUGCCAUAAAUAAAAUAAACAGAAGAUGGGAAUCCAGAAAAUGAAAGGAUGUUAGGAUUUAUUCUUGAAUUUCUAAUCAAUGAUAGUAAAUUUAGAUUGAAUUUAUUGUAAAAUGCAUUACAAAAAUGCAGUACCCUUUAAAUUAAGAAUUCAUUGAAUGAAAACGUCUUAACAGAAUUAUUUUCAAAAGGAAUGCAGUACCCAGAGAAAUUCAAAACUUUGUUAGACCUUCUGUUCUAACCCAAAUAAUUGGAAAGUAGAUAUACAGACUGGGCAGCCACACUCUUAUUGAGUGAUCAAAUUAAUAACAUUUUAUAAAUUGAGAAGGAUAGUUUGAUUUACAUUUCAAAAAUACCUCAAUAUACUUCUGUUAAAUCUACAUAAAAAACAACGUAGAAAAAUUAACGAUCGAUAAUUUGCUCUUAUUAUUCGACUUUCUGA